CAUGGCAGCCAUCUCAACCUCAUCCUCCACAUCCAUGCCCCCACAUCUGCAGCUGCUGGGCAGCCUGGAGGCAGCAGCUCAAAGAGUUGCAACGCCCAGCGGAGCACAGCCGUCGGCAACUGCAGCUUCCCUGAAUGUCUCACCCACAGCGCUCACGCAUGGCACUCCGGUACUGGGGACUGGCACUACUGGCACACCACCCGCUCCUACAUUGGGCAGCCUCUUCACAGGCGGUGCACCUACAGCUGCCGGCACAAAUCUGAAUGCCUUGGCCUCCCAGCAUCGCCUGCUCGAGCUGUCGCGCUUUGGACUCCGCGGCUAUGAUCUGGCGCAGCAUAUGCUCUCGCAACAGGGGGCAGUCACCAAAUUAUUGGGCACCCUACGACCACCCGGUCUUAUUGGUGGCUCCAAGCCGAAGGUGGCUACACCAACCGUUGUUUCGAAAAUCGAGCAAUACAAACGGGAAAAUCCGACAAUAUUUGCGUGGGAAAUACGCGAGAGACUGAUAACCGAAGGUGUGUGCACGAAUGCGACGGCGCCCUCGGUCUCCUCCAUAAAUCGCAUUUUGCGCAACCGGGCCGCCGAGCGGGCAGCGGCCGAGUUCGCCAGGGCGGCCAGCUAUGGAUAUGCCAUGCACCAUCCACCCACGCAUCCCUACACGAGUUUUCCAACCUGGCCAACGGCCAUGCCGGCCCAUCAUGCGCUCUGGAGUGCCGUCCCCAUGGCCACAGCUGCCAAUACAAACAUGCCUGCGAGCAGUCUAGCCAGUGAUGGCCACAUUUCCAAUUCCAACAACAACAACAACACCAACAGUGGCAGUAUCUGCGGAGAUAGCAGCGCAGGCAGCGGGGGCCGCCUAUCAUUGCCAGCGCUUUCGCCAGACUCGGAAAGUCGCGAUAGUCACUCACCAGAUGCCAAUCGGAUGAUCGAUAUCGAGGGCGAGGAUAGCGACUCGCAGGAUAGUGAUCAGCCGAAAUUUCGACGCAAUCGCACCACGUUCAGUGCAGAGCAGCUCGAGGAACUGGAGAAGGAGUUCGAGAAAUCUCAUUAUCCCUGCGUGAGCACGCGUGAGAAACUGGCGGCGCGCACAUCGUUGAGCGAGGCGCGAGUACAGGUUUGGUUUUCCAACAGACGAGCGAAAUGGCGUCGCCAUCAACGUGUCAACGUCGUCAAACAGCGCGACUCGAUAUCUCCGACGCCGCCACCACCACCACCACCAUCAUCUGCACCACACCAACCACCAACACAGCAACAGCACAACCAAUCAUCGCUGGCGGUGCCACCACCACUAGCACCGCCGACAUCUGCACCAACUAUGAACAGUCCCCAACACACCCAGAGACCUUCGAUGCCCGUUGCCAUCGAUGCGACUACAGCUGCGGCCGCAGCGGCAGUGGCAAGCCUGCAAUAUGCCCACAACCCUGCGGCCUACUACACAGCUCUGGCCAACCAAUACGCCACCACUUUGGCGGCCGAGCGCGGCACCACCAGCCCUAUACCCGUACGAUCAGCGACAGUGGCAAGCUCUGCCCCAACGUCCAGGACGACGACGAACUGCAGCCCGGCGGUGUCUACACCAGCAGCUCCCGGCGCAACAGGACCUCCAACUCCAGCUCCGGCGCCUGCAUUACACACAGCAUCAGCUCCAUUAUUAAUGGGCGGUGAACACAGCGCUUUUCGAGCGACCCUGCCCUCAGCCUCGGCCGCAGCCCUAGCCCUGAGCUUCGCUCGUCAAUAUAUGGUGGCUGCCAUGCACAAUGCCAAGCCACACCCGGUGCCGCGGCGGGGAGAGGAUGACGAGGAUGAGGAAGCUGGGGAGGACGAGGAGGAAAUCAAUGUGGAGCAGGAUGGGGAGGCUACUUAGAGGCGGCAUUUUCCACUUAAUGUGUACUUCUAGACAUAAUUCCUAUAGCGUUUACUGCGCUGACCUCACGGAACUAACAAAUUUGCACCAUUUAUGAGUAAUACUGUAUCUGAUAGAUUUGUCAGUUGUGUGAGUUGUUCGGCUUAUCAGUUUCCUAUCGCUUUAAUUUGACAAUUUAGUGCAAUUUUUACUUAAUUUAUUGAUUGAUUGAUUCGAUUAUUGAUUUGAUGAGUACAAAUAAAGAUGGCAAGCGAUCUACGCGCAUUUCAAAUGUA